CCUUGGUGUUUCCACCCGAUCGGUGUUAAGAGGGAACAACCGGUCUCAACAUGUCGAGGCACCUCCGCUUCAUUGCGCGGACAGUGAUGGUUCAAAACGGCGACGUUGAGGCGGCGUACAAGACUUUGAACAGGUUACUGACUAAUGAGGGGAUUGUUGAUACAGUGACGCGCAAGCGAUACUACGAGAAGCCCUGCCGAGAGCGACAGCGGUUGAACUUUGAGAGAUGCAGGCGGAUCUACCACAUGGAAAUGGCCAAAAAAAUCGGCUUCAUCUCGAGGACAAACCGAGUGGAUCCUUGGGUCGGCAGCUAGUCGAAUGGAGCGGGAGGAAACAGGACGUUAGCAGUGGACUGCUUGAAACGGGGCCAACAAAGUAGAAGAAGCGAUCAACAUCAACACAAUGACACUGUCGUAUCUAAAUAGACUUGGGGAAAUACUGAGAAAAGUGGCUUUCAUGAUGUCAACUUGUUUAACAAUAAAAGGAAUAAUUGUUAUUGUCAAGUCAA